AUGGAGACCCGCACCGCCAUGGCUCUGGGUCUGACAUCCAAGAAGACGUCUGCUCGGAGCGUCUGCGUGGAGCGGAAGAACCUCAUCACAGUGUGCAGAUUCCCUGUAAAGGUGCUGUUUUCUCAUGACAUCUGCUGCCCCCACCCCAAGAUGAGCUCUAUUCCCAUCUACAGAGUCUUUCGUUUUGGGAAAAAGGCUUUCCGAAAAGACGUGCUGGUGGUGCCUCUGCUGAAGGAUGCGCCGCCCAGUGAGAUCUUGGUCUUUCCGCUGGUGAUGGUGGAGGACCCCAGCGAUGUCAGUUUCCUUCCGCGGGAGAUGGAUGAGUUUCCCAUGUUCAGUUUGGAUUUGCCCCUCUUGAUGGUGGUGUUGCCCAGGGUUAAGGCCGUCUUCCCCUCGGUGAAGCUGGUGUUGCCCAUUAGGGAGCAGUGCGUCUACCUGACCCAGAUUUGUUAG